AGCCUAUCAAUUCUCAUAUCAGAGAGCACCAAAAUCUAAGGGAACUUUGUGAGAAGUGUGUGUGAUUUCUUUUAGCCAAGAGAGACGCUUUGUUUGUUCUUGUUCUUGAGGGUUAUUCGGAGAGAGGAAGAAAGAUGGCUCAGGCAGUGGGAAGGAACAUAGCAGCUCCUUUGCUGUUUCUAAACUUGGUCAUGUACCUUAUCGUCGUGGGUUUUGCUAGUUGGUGUAUUAACAAGUUAAUCAAUGGCCAAACCAACCAUCCAAGUUUUGGGGGCAAUGGUGCGACAAUGUUCUUCUUGAUCUUUGCCUUAUUGGCUGGUGUUAUUGGCGUAGUAUCAAAGUUCCUCGGAGGCAACCAUAUCAGAGCUUGGAGGAACGACAGUCUAGCCUCAGCAGCAUCAACAGCGGUAGUGGCAUGGGCCGUGACUGCACUAGCUUUUGGGUUGGCGUGCAAGGAGAUAGACAUAGGAGGAUACAGAGGAUGGAGGCUGAAGGUACUGGAGGCAUUCAUAAUUAUUCUAACCUUCACCCAAUUGUUGUACGUUCUGUUGCUUCACGCCGGGAUGUUCAGCAGCAAAUACGGCCCCGGUUACCGCGACAGAGAUUACGCCAUGGGGCCGACAACCGUGGGUGAACCGGUGCCCAAGGGUGGUGGUACUGGAGUUGCUGGUUCUAGGGUUUAAUAAUGUAAAAGCGUACGGUUUCUUUUAAGAUACUUCUUUGCUAAUCUCAACUUUGUGGAAUUAUAGUACCGUCCGGGGCCUACUUAUUUUACUUUGGUCGUGGCUGGGGGAAUUUCAUGUGGGUCUACUUCUUCUAUGUUGUCUUAUCAUAUGUAUCAGUUCCCAACAUUAUGUACAUAUUGUGUGAUGACUUUGUCCUAUCUAAUUGGUUCCUUGUGUUGGGCAUA